AAGAAGUUGGAUUCGAUGGGUUCCAAGAGGAGAAGAGCUACCUCCCCUUCCAGUAGUGUCAGUGGGGACUUUGAUGAUGGGCACCAUUCCAUGUCCACGCCAGGCCCAAGCAGGAAAAGGAGGCGACUUUCCAAUCUUCCAACUGUAGAUCCUAUUGCUGUGUGCCAUGAACUCUAUAACACCAUCCAAGACUAUAAGGAUGAACAGGGCAGGCUCCUCUGUGAGCUCUUCAUUAGGGCACCGAAGCGAAGAAAUCAACCAGACUAUUAUGAAGUGGUUUCCCAGCCUAUAGACUUGAUGAAAAUCCAACAGAAACUAAAAAUGGAAGAGUAUGAUGAUGUUAAUCUACUGACUGCUGACUUCCAGCUGCUUUUUAACAAUGCAAAGUCUUAUUAUAAGCCAGAUUCUCCUGGAUAUAAAGCUGCUUGCAAACUCUGGGAUUUGUACCUUCGAACAAGAAAUGAAUUUGUUCAAAAAGGAGAAGCUGAUGAGGAAGAUGAUGAUGAAGAUGGGCAAGACAAUCAGGGGACAGUGACUGAAGGAUCUUCUCCAAGUUAUUUGAAGGAGAUCCUGGAGCAGCUUCUUGAAGCCAUAGUUGUAGCCACAAAUCCAUCAGGACGUCUCAUCAGUGAACUUUUUCAGAAACUGCCUUCUAAAGUGCAAUAUCCAGACUAUUAUGCAAUAAUUAAGGAGCCUAUAGAUCUCAAGACCAUUGCCCAGAGGAUACAGAAUGGAAGCUACAAAAGUAUUCAUGCAAUGGCCAAAGAUGUAGAUCUCCUAGCAAAAAAUGCCAAAACUUAUAAUGAGCCUGGUUCUCAAGUAUUUAAGGAUGCAAAUUCAAUUAAAAAAAUAUUUUACAUGAAAAAGGCAGAAAUUGAACAUCAUGAAAUGGCUAAGUCAAGCCUUCGAAUAAGAACUCCCUCAAAUUUGCCUGCAGCCAGGCUGACAGGCUCUUCGCACAGUAAAGGCAGUCUUGGUGAAGAGAGAAAUCCCACUAGCAAGUAUUACCGUAAUAAAAGAGCAGUUCAAGGAGGUCGUUUAUCAGCAAUUACCAUGGCACUUCAAUAUGGCUCAGAAAGUGAAGAGGAUGCUGCUUUAGCUGCUGCACGUUAUGAAGAAGGAGAGUCUGAAGCAGAGAGCAUCACUUCUUUUAUGGAUAUCUCAAAUCCUUUUUAUCAGCUUUAUGACACAGUUAGGAGUUGUCGGAAUAACCAAGGGCAGCUAAUAGCUGAACCUUUUUUCCAUUUGCCUUCAAAGAAAAAAUACCCUGAUUACUAUCAGCAAAUUAAAAUGCCCAUAUCACUACAACAGAUCAGGGACAGUAAUCAAAACAGCAUGGAUCCAACCCUGGAUACCACGUUUGUUUAG